UCAGCCGUGGCGAUGCGGCGACACGCCUGGGUCAGCGGAACCUACUGCACGCAUCCUUCCCGACGAUUCCGAAGACCUCGAAUCGGGGCGAGCCAAACUCUUCGAAGUAUUUGGCUGCUGAGGAGGCUUUCCUCGAAGCGCGUGAUGUCUUGGAGUUUCGGGAUUCCGACUCGGUGCAGUUCGACGGCGUUUGGGUGCAGGACAUCCAGCAAAUGCUGGCCAGUGAACCUGACCCGGAGUGGAGCGUCUGGCCUGCAUGGGAGGACCCGGGAACUCGGCCCCAGCCUUUGCAGGCCACUUUGAGGCAUAUCGAGAUAUCGGAGUUCGUUGCAGCUGCGAGGAAUGAGGGCACGCAGGUUCAGAUGAGCCACAGCCAGCGCCUCCAGACUCAGCGGAACAGGGCAAGCACAGCCCCGCGCUAUGUGCGACCAGCAUCCGCGAGAGGCGGCAGAACUACAAUGCCGGGGAAGUCUGCACUCUGGCCCAACGAGCGGAUGCCCUCGUCCUACAAGGCUCCUUUGAAGCACGUGCUGUUGGUCUCGUGUCGGCCGGAUGAGAAACCCUGGGCGGAGUCCAAACCUCGGCCUUCACGAUUUAUGCGUCGGCACUUUGUCUCUGCGGGUGGCCCCUCUGUGAGCGCGGUGGGCCAGCGCCGCAACGACGCGCGUCGAACUGCUUGGAGGAGGGAGGCGAAGCCGAUGCGGCACGGAGACCUCGACCUCUCCUGUCUGGCUUGGAAGCCUCCGCCAACCAAAGAUCCUCCUCAGGCUGUCGCGAAGCUUCACGAAGCCGAGGCACCGCUGCGACCCCGGACGCCACAGCGGCCCUGGACUGGUGGCGAGAGGGCCGGCCGGCGGCCGCCGUCGCGCCAAGGGCCCGGUUGA